AUGUCGGAAGAAACAAUUAUGUCUAUGAAUGCUCAGGCAAUUAAAAUUGAACCACCUGAAUAUUCAGCAGAGGACAUUAAAUGUGAAAUUGAGGAAUUUGAUGCUCUUGAUGCUAUUGUUAAAUCUGAAUCGUGUUCUGAAAAUGAUGAAACGAGUUUAGAAAGAUUCAUGAAUUCCGAGGUGACAAUUAAAGAUGAAGUCAAACAGGAGUCUUUUGAUUGUGACAUUUGUAAUCAAUCAUUUGCAGAAUUGCAUCAUCUAACAGACCACAUGGUCGAUCACAAGCCUAGUCAUAGCAAAGAACGCCCUUACAAAUGUGAAAUCUGUCAUAAGACAUUCACAGUAUUAAAUAGUUUGAAAUAUCACAUUCUCAAUCACAAUGGAGAGCGUCCCCAUGAAUGCAACAUAUGCAAUAAGACAUUCACAGUAUUAGGUCAUCUGAAGAGACACAUGCUCGUUCACAGUGGUGAGCGCCCCCAUGAAUGCAACAUAUGCAAAAAGACAUUCAAUCAAUUAAGUAAUCUAAAAAAUCACUUGCUCAUUCAUAGUGGUGAGCGUCCCCAUGAAUGCAGGAUAUGCAAUAAGACAUUCAUAGAAUUAGGUCACCUGAAGAGACACAUGCUCAUUCACAGUGAAGUACGCCCCCACGAGUGCGGUAUUUGCAAUAAGACAUUCACACAAUUAUGUAAUCUGAAAAGCCACAUGCUCGUUCACAGUGGUGAGCACCCCCACGAAUGCAACCUAUGCAAUAAAACAUUCACACAAUUGAGCAGUUUGAAGAGUCACAUGCUUAUUCAUAGUGGGGAGCGCCCCCACGAAUGCAGGAUAUGCAAUAAGACGUUCCAACUAACAAGUAGUCUGAAAAGGCACAUGCUGAUACACAGUGGAGUACGCCCGUACGAAUGUAAUAUAUGCAAUAAGGCAUUCACGCAUUUAGAUUAUCUGAAAAGUCACAUGCAGAUACACAAUGGAGUACGUCCCCAUGAAUGCAACAUAUGUAAUAAGACAUUCACAAAGUUGUGCAAUCUGAAAAGUCACAUGCUCAUUCAUAAAAGAGAGUGA